UAUGAGUUUAAAGCCAAGAAUAUCAAGAAGAAGAAAGUGAGUCUCAUUGUGUCAGUGGACGGCGUGAAGGUCAUUCUGAAGAAGAAGAAGAAGAAAAAAGAAUGGGCCUGGGAUGAGAACAAAAUGCUUGUCAUGCACGAUCCCAUCUACAGGAUAUUCUAUGUGUCACAUGACUCCCAGGACCUGAAGAUCUUCAGCUACAUUGCCAGGGAUGGGUCUAGCAAUGUUUUCAGGUGCAAUGUCUUCAAAUCCAAGAAGAAGAGCCAAGCCAUGCGCAUCGUCCGGACCGUGGGGCAGGCGUUUGAGGUCUGCCACAAGCUGAGCCUGCAGCACACCCAGCAGAACGCAGAUGGGCAGGAGGACGGAGACAGCGAGAGAAACGAGGACGACCUGGACGUCCCAGCCUGCCGCCUCACUGGUGCUGAGAGGGCAGCCGCUUCGGCAGAGGAGACAGACAUUGACGCCGUGGAGCUACCUCUGCCUGGAGCCGACAUCCUCGACUUCAGCCGCGGUGUGACCGACCUCGACGCCGUGGGCAAGGAAGCAAGCGCCUACGCCGAUGCCAAGGGCUGCCUGCACCCUGAAGACAUCCUGACAGCAUCACCCAAGAUGCUGCUGCCCUCGUCUGCGCAGCUGCCUGACCUGGGAACACCCCUCUCUGCCCACCACCAGAUGCAGCUUCUCCAGCAGCUCCUGCAGCAGCAGCAGCAGCAGACGCAAGUGGCCGUGGCACAGGUCCACUUGCUGAAGGACCAGCUGGCCGCAGAGGCAGCGGCACGGCUGGAAGCCCAAGCUCGUGUGCACCAGCUCCUGCUCCAGAACAAGGACUUGCUGCAGCACAUCUCGCUCCUGGUCAAACAGGUGCAGGAGCUGGAGCUGAAGUUGGUGGGGAACAACACCACGGGCUCCCAGGACAGUCUGCUGGAGAUCACCUUCCGCUCCAAUGCCCUCCCUGUCCUCUGCGACCCGACCACCCCGCAGCCUGAGGACACCCACCCGCCACCGAUGGGCCCUGGCUCAGGCUUCCCCAGUGCCCUGGGCAGCCCCAUAGGUAGGAACGACUGUCUGGUGAAGCUGGAGUGCUACCGCUUUCUGCCGGACUCAGGGGCACCUGCCCCGGAGCCGGCGCUGGGCAGUCUGGAGCUCAUCAAGUUCCGUGAGUCGGGCAUCGCCUCUGAGUACGAGUCCAACACAGACGAGAGUGAGGAGCGUGAUUCCUGGUCCCAGGAGGAACCACUGCGCCUGCUCCACGUCCAGUCCAGGCAGGACCUGGGUGACAGCCUGGAGGACGAGAUCGCAGUGGGAUUUAUAGCUAUAUUUUUUGUCCUUCCUUUUCCUACAACUGUCGUGUUACUAACUGUUGACUCAAUCUAUCUGGGAAACCAGUCUGUCAAUCCCUCCCGGCCUGCCGGUGCCCAGCACCUCCGCAACCUGGGCAAGGCCAUGGGGGCCAAGGUGAAUGACCUCCUGCGCCGCAAGGAGCCGGCCAACCUCCCCAGCGUGGGGGUGAUGGAGGUGAACGCCAGCGCCGGGGCCAUGCUGGGCACAGCACAGGUGGCUGGUGAGGACGGGGCUCUGGGACUGGAUGCCUUCCCCCGGCUGGAGCCCCCACCCCCUGUCACCAAGAAGCGGACGCCUCGUGCUUUGAAGACCCCACAGGACAUGCUCAUUGCGCCGCAGCCAGUGGAGACCAGCCCAGUUUGCAGCAUGGAGGAGCCCCCCGAAAUGCCCACAGCCCAGCCUGACCACGCAGAGGAGCAGAUGGGGAUGAGGGACCCGUCCCCUCCAGAAUGCCUUGGGGUCCCCAGCAUGAUGAGCACCCCAGAGCCCAGCGGGGACCAGCCCACCAGUGCCUUCCCUGUGCCUGACCUCAUCCAUAAGGGCAGGCUGGGAG